GUCCAUGGUCAAUCGUUGAAUGACAAGUGGUCGUGACUCGCGAAGUGUCGUGCGAAUUUCACAACUUAAAAUUAGCAACAAACGGAUAUUUUAUGAGGGAGUUCAGUGUUUUGUUUCGUUAAAUGUCGUGACAGUGAAUAAAAAUGCAGUUUUAUAAGGAGAGGAUUCUUAACGCUGCACAGUUAAAAAGACUUAGUGAACACAAGUAUUCUUGUACAAGCGCCAGUAUACUUGAUGCCUGGCUUCAACCAUGGUGGUGCUGGCUGGUUUCUAAAACGCCGUUAUGGCUCGCACCGAAUCUCAUUACAAUAUUAGGUCUAAUUAUAAAUAUAGUCACAACACUUAUUCUGGUGUGGUACAGUCCAGAUGCCCGACAGGAUCCACCAAGAUGGGCCUGCGCAGUUUGCGCUCUGGGUGUUUUUGUCUACCAGAGCCUGGAUGCUAUCGAUGGCAAACAGGCUCGCAGAACGGGCAGCCAGUCACCCCUUGGGGAGCUGUUUGACCACGGCUGUGACAGCAUAUCUACUGUGUUCAUAGCCCUUGGUGCCUGUAUAGCUGUUAAGCUUGGAGAAUACCCCACUUGGAUGUUCUUUCAGUGUUUCUGCGCAAUGACGCUAUUCUACUGUGCGCACUGGCAGGCGUACGUCACUGGCACGCUCAAGAUGGGCCGGAUCGACGUCACAGAGGCGCAAUACGCUAUCAUAAUCAUACAUCUCAUCUCCGCCACCCUCGGCCCGGAGGCCUGGGCCGCUCAGCUUCCGACCAUAAACAUCAGCGUAAACCUGCUGUCUAAUUACGCCGUCGUCCUGAUGACAGUUUUCCUGGUCUUCGGAUACGUUAAGGUCAUAAUGCGCGGCGGAGUUGGGAAAAACGGCUCCACGGUCGCAGGCACGAGCAUCCUAUCACCGGUGAUCCCGUUCUCGUUCGUGGUGGUGCCGGCCUUCAUCAUCUUCCAGAAAAGCGAGUCGCAAGUGUACGAGAACCACCCGGCGCUUUACAUAUUGGCUUUCGGGAUGGUCGCCGCUAAAGUCACUAAUAGGCUCGUGGUGGCGCACAUGACGAAGAGCGAGAUGGAGUACUACGACUGGUCGAUGCUGGGGCCGGCCAUGCUGUUCCUCAACCAGUACUUCAACAACGCGCUGCCGGAGUACUAUGUGCUCUGGUUAUGUACAGUGUGGGUGUGCAUCGAGCUGGUGCGCUACUGCGGGCAGAUCUGCCUGGAGAUCUGCGAGCACCUGCACAUCCAGCUGUUCCGCAUCGCGUCGCCGCCGCGCGCCAAGCCCGCCGCCGACAGAAACGGUACGCACGCGCGCCGCCUCAACACGCCCGCCAGGCGACCGCACACCUAGGCCGCGCGGCCGCCGUGGCCGCUGUGCACUGUACACCGCCCGUCGGCCAAGCCUACGACCUAGUAGACUUGGUUGACGGGUGGUGUAUAGGCGAGAUUGCCCGCGUGUGCUCUAGGUGUGGGCAGUGAUUACACGCGUGUUAUGUUGUCCGUGUAUAGCACUGGUACGCUAGGAACAUAAUAAUGGAUGCGUCUUGUUAAACUGUUUUCAAAUAUAAUAAUGAUUUUUAUUGUAAAGAUAUUGAAUUAAAUGUCUCUGCGCAAAUAUUCUGUCGAUGUGUACGUGUACGGUGCGCACGCGCCGCUUUGGGAGAGUGUGUGCGGGGCUGCCUAGCGACGCACACACGCGUGUUUUACACUGCGCGUAAAGGCACGCAUAGGCCAAUGACGUAAUACACUGAUAUACUAGUCUUGAUUAUACGUAGUUUAAUUAUACAUCAAUAGUUUCAUUUUUUUUAAAUGUUCAAUUACAAUUACGGUACAAUUACACGGUAAAACAUUAUUAAUUUCAAGCAAAAAAAAAAUCGCUAUACAAUAAAAACAUUAUAUUACAAUAUAACGAUUGUAUUAUUCCUAAUUAUUUACAAAACCAUAUUUAUGUAUUCUUACUAAUUAUUCACAAAACCAUCUAUACGAUGCUAGUAUACCAGUCACGUGUGGAACUCGCUCCAUGUAAGCCCGUGUACCGAUCGUGUAUAAUGAUCUGAUUUGACCAUUUAAAUACGUAAUAUUAUCACAGUAUAGAUGUUUGUUUCAACUAAUACACACAUCUAAAAUGAAUACAAUACUGAAACUGUCGGUUGAGGGGGGGGGCUUUGGAAUACUUCAUAGUCUUUGUCUGAUUGUUAGCGUGUGAUGCCAAAAAUACGUUUGACGGCUUUUGUUAUGUUAUUGAUAAGUGUUAUAUUUUUUAAGUAGAUAAAAUCAUAUUCGGUUCAACUUGCUUUAAGUGACAUCAAUUAGCAACAAACUAAAGACCUAGAAAA